GUGAUGUGGCAGCGAUGCAUGUACAGCUAGUUCUUGGCUGUUCCCGUCUGAAUGCUGCAUUCGGCGCCUAUCUUCCGCACAUCGCUGUGGCCCCGUCUGUGAUCCCUUUGCUGAGCACCGUUACGAUAAUCAUGUCUGCCGAGAAGGCUGAUAUGUACGCUGCUGGAUCCUUUCCUGCCGUCCUGUUCUAUUUAGCGCCUUUGUGCGCGGUUGGGGACAUGCUAGUGGCUGGCAGCGACAGCUUUUGUUUCAGUGCCUACUGUGGUCCGUGGCUUGAGGAGGGCCCGGCGACCCGACGCUGUCGCUGGUUGCUGAUGAGCGCCCCUACGAUGAACCUAUCAGUGCCGGGUAUGGUGAGCGUCAACCGACCUACUUUCCGGAAGGCAGCGCGUACAUGGUUCCAGUUUCUUCAGGUCCUGAUUGAGCUAAAGGCGUAACGGCUGUAAUCUCAAGACUUUGUUUUUUUUGUUUUGUUUUUUUCAAUAAAAAAGUUGGUCUGUUUUAA